AUGGGCCGACCAAAGCGUAAUAUCCUCGCCGCUGCAGAGGAGUCCACAACCCCUCCGGACGAGGUGAGCGAGGCCCAGUCCGUGGCGCGUGUCGGCAAACCAGAGGGCAACAACUUGUACACCUGCAUCCUGCCCAACACCAAGACCGUCCUUGUCGAACUGGCGCAGAGGUUUCGCAAAACCAUAUGGAUUAAGAGGGGCGGCUUCGUCCUUGUCGAUCUGACCCCGAGCGAGGAGCGUUCCAAGGCCAACAGCAGGGUCCAGGGCGAGAUCAUCAAUGUGGUCCGGGACGAAAAGGAAUGGCGAAAGAUGUCAUACUGGUACGUGAGAGAAAUGAUCGACUCACUCGAUAAUCAGUGUCUAACGAGCGUCAACGAGAACAGGCCCAGAGAAUUCCCGAAGCACACAUACGACGACGCUGACGACAGGGACAUGAAUCCUCGCGACCUGCCCCCAAGCGACUCUGAGGACGAGGUGUGA